AUGGACAAAGCCAAGCCAAUUCUGGCCCCUGUUGAAGAAAAAUUGAAGUUGACUAAAAAUGGAACUGGUGAUUUUGUUGAUGCUACAUAUUUUAGAAAAUUGGUAGGGAGUCUAAGGUACUUGACUUCUACAAGACCUGACAUUACUUAUGGAGUUGGAUUAAUUAGCAGAUUUAUGGAGUCGCCUCGUCAAUCACACUUGCAAGCAGCUAAGAGAAUUUUGAGAUAUAUUCAAGGUACGCAAUCUGAUGGCAUAUUUUAUUCAAAGACUAAUGAUAGUAGUCUCGUUGGAUUUACAGACAGUGAUUGGGCUGGUGAUAUGAUGCAAAGAAAAAGUACUUCUGGAUAUGCAUUUUAUUUGGGGUCUGGUGUAUCUUCUUGGUCUUCAAAAAAGCAACAAGUUGUUGCUUUGUCAACAGCUGAAGCAGAGUACAUGGCUGCAACAAGUAGUGCUACACAAGCAUUAUGGUUGAGAAGGAUGCUUGGAUUUCUUCAACACAAGCAAGAUAGUCCUACAAAAAUAUUUUGUGAUAGCAAGUCUGCGAUUGAGUUAACAAAGAAUCCAGUUUUUCAUGACUGA